AUAAAGCUGACUACAUCUCUUGCAAGUUAUACAGCAGAUAACACCUGAAGUAAUGUGGAAUGGGUGAUGACAUGCCAGUUAUUUUUGUGGCUGUGUUAAUAUAUUUACAUGUAGAACAUCUAGAGAGGUUGCAUCAAAGUUAUUAUCCGAGUGCUCAAUUAUCUUGAUAAUUGUCAAAUGUCUUGAGUAUGACUUUUUGAUGUUUUUGUCUAGUCUGUAGGACUAUUAGUGAAGGAUCCUUAAAAAAGGAUGCAGUCUCGCCAUCAUCUUGGAGGAUUCUGAAGUGUUUAAGUAUAAUAUCAGCCAAUGUUUUAUUUGCAGGAUGAUACGUAAGCACCAAAUUAAUUCUUAUUGUCUUAACAGCUGGUUGUUUAUAGGUCAGUGCAGUAACUCUCUGAAAAGUAAAACAAGAGCAAACAUCCAUCCAUCCAUCCAUCCAUCUCUGUACAGGACAUUGGGAGUUUGAAUCCCCACCCGGGUUUCUCCAGUAUGUUCCCUUAGGCAAAGUCCUUAAUGCUGCCUGACUGCUUGCCUCAUUAACAAUGAGAUUUCAAAUAAGAAUCACAUCGGCUCAAUUGUUGCCCAGGUCAACAAGGUCUGCAUCAAAUGCUGGGGGAUCAGGGCAAUUUGAUGAAAAGUGGGCUAACAGAAGCACUAAUGGUUGGAAAGGGCUGGAUUAAAAGACAGCACAGAGGCACUAUUCAUGACAGCACAGGAACAAGUACUAAACACAUUUUCACACCAUAUGCAGGCUGUGCAAAGAUGCCCCUGAGACGAUCCAGCACAUACAUGGAACAUAGACAUGGAAUGUAAAGACAAGAUGGUCAUGGCUAACCAACCAGACAUAGUAGUGGUGGACAAAUAUCAGAAGAGGACCGUGAUAGAUGUCGCAAUCCAGACUGAUAGCAUUAGGAAAAAGGAACAUGAGAAGCUUGAGAAAUACCAAGGGCGGAAGGAAGAUCUUAGAAAAGAUAUGGAAGGUGAAGGCAACAGUGGUUCAAUAGAGGCUGAGACCCCCAAACUGGGAGAUGACCAGAGCCCAAAGAGUAUAUACUCUUUUAGUGAUUUUUAUUCAUUGCCUACAUAUAAUAACCACUAUACUAAUAUAGAUAAUAGUACUAAUGUUUAACCAUUGCCGUCGUCAUAGUCCUGACGUAUUGCGGCGUGGGUUGAAGGUGACGUAAUCAGACGCGGGAAGUUAAAAAAAACAACCUAAUUCUUAUAUAGCUUAACACCCUUUUAUAGGCUAUAGGUCUAAAACCGGGAUUUGUGUACACGUACAAAUACAAAAAUACUGGCCUCUCGGCGGGUGAGAAAAACCGAGGUCAGGGUUAUCUGAACUCCAAAAAUAUCAAGAAAUGAAAAUUAAAUGAAAGAAAAAUGAGCCAAACUACAGAAGCUAGCUAGACUGCUGUUGCUAAUGCCCAGAACACGCUAGUAUCUUCUCAGUAUUUGCAGUUAGCAACGUACACUGUCUUGCUAGAUAACAUUAUUUUAGUGAUUGUUCUUCGAUUUAGAUCAUUCUCGUACAAUUACAGCUACUAGGGACAUAAUGGAGAGACGAGACGGAAACCAGCACCAGACAAACAUGUGUUUCGGAAUGUACCAGUACACUGCAGAGGAACACCAGGCCAUUCAGAAGGCUCUUCGACAGAGGCUUGGACCCGAGUACAUUAGCACGAGACAGGCUGGAGGGGGGCAGAAGGUGUGUUAUAUUGAGGGUCAUAAAGUGAUCAGUUUGGCCAAUGAAAUGUUUGGGUACAAUGGUUGGUCUCACUCCAUUUCACAACAAAAUGUAGAUUUUGUGGAUCUGAUUAAUGGGAAAUUUUAUGUCGGAGUCAGCGCAUUUGUGAAAGUUCAGUUAAAAGAUGGCUCAUACCAUGAAGAUGUGGGUUAUGGAGUAAGUGAGGGACUCAAAUCCAAGGCCUUGUCAUUAGAAAAGGCAAGGAAAGAGGCUGUCACAGACGGACUGAAAAGAGCACUGAAGUGCUUUGGAAAUGCUCUUGGAAACUGCAUCUUUAACAAGGAAUACCUUAUGGCCAUAAACAAGAUUCCAAAGCAGGUGCAUUCACCUUUAGACCCAGACAAUAUGAAGCGUAAGGACAAAGAGCCAUCUGUGGAGAGGGCCAGGUAUGAUAGUCUGGCUCGAAGGAACUGCAGCAGUUUCAGUAUUCCUGCUGAAGCAGCAGCAGAGAACCCUUCCACUGUGCUGCCUGUGGUUCAGCCAGGGCCAGCCACCCAGGCUGAAGCAGUAGCACAGAACCUGUCCUCGGUGUUGCCUGUGGUUCAGCCAGGGCCAGCUGCCCAGCAGAAUGCCACAGACUCCAGGAGCUUGUUGACAAGCAUGACAGCACACACUGGCAACAUAUCAGCUCAGCAGGAGUGUGAAAACAAGCCCAGAAACAUCUCCAGGUCAGCAGCUGAUACGGCUGACCUGUCCUCCUGCGACCUGGCACUGGACUCAAAACAGCAGAGGAAGCUGAGACAGCAGCAGCUGCAGCAGAAGUUCAGGCAGGAAAUGGAGGCCAAGAAACUGCAGCAGGGGCAGCCACUGACGAAGGCAGAGCACUUGGAGCUUGGCUCCCAUCCUAAACCAGGCCAGGCUUCAGGCCCAGUUAACCACAGUACACCAAAUGGACAGCAGAUGAUAAUGAAAAAAGAAUAUUUGGCAGAUGACCCAGAGCUGUGGGAUUUCACUCUGGAUGGCACUGAUGUGCUUGAUGAUCCAGUGAGAACCUUGCAGCCGCUUCAGCCUACCACUCCCAGGGCGCACACAAUGGUGACACGCAGCAAGACUCCGCAGAGAGCGGCUUCUCUGAAGCCUCCAUUUGGGCCCCGGGCUGCAGUGGCCCAUCAGGGCCAAGGAGGGUAUAUGCAAUACUGCCCACUAGCAGAGAACACAGGGCCUACAGCACUGGGUCCACAGAGCCCAUACAGACAAGGACAGUAUAUGAAGAAAAGGAAACUGGUUGGUUGAAGAUUCUACAGCAAAACUGUCAUUUUAGGGUUGUUUCCAUUUUAACUUAUUUUAUUGCUUGUUUUUCUUCCAACUUUUGUAUAUAAAUUGAUGUAAUAUUCAGUAACAUUUCACAUUUCUAAUAUUGAUAGUUGUAGAGUCUUUUCUUUAAAGUUUUGUAUCUACACAAUCAGGAAGAAGCUCGGGUAGUUGUUUUAACUGAGUGACAAUAAAAUGUUGUGACUAAAUAAUUGUUUUAUACCAAGAAUCCCCCCCACGUUAUCCGAGCAACAGGUUUCACAUUCUUUAAGUACACCCUAAAGAAUUAGGUGGGAAAAUACUGGAACAGUUCUGUGAAAAUUAUUAUAGGAUACAAUCACACAACAUUUCCAAACUACCACACAUUUCCAAAAUGUUUAAUUUUUGUACAUACACUUUCCUUUUUUUUUUUUUUUUUUUUUUUAAACAAGAUUAACAACCAUCACUACAGCCACCAAAAAGACCUGGGACAAAUGAAAUUACAUCAAUAUUUAACUACAGAUUUAAUGCAGAAUAAUGAAUGGCUGGGAUUGUUUAUAAAUACAUGCAGUUUUGAAAAGGCAAUUACAGCAGGGCGUGGUUUGUGACAGUGGUAUUUUAAAGUGUGAGAAUGUGGUUGAGCAAAAUCAGAUUAAAGAUUUACUUAGUCAUGCACUCUGGUAUUAAAGGUAAAAUGAGCCUUCCGCCCCUGUUUAACCUCUCAAAAUGGUGCAUAUUCUGCAUUGCAGUAACAUUUUCCCCCUUCUCUAGAGAAGUCAAGUCAAUUAUUUCAGAGGUGAAAGUUGGUCACUUCUGUAUGAGAAUGGCACUGUUUGUGGCUUGGUAAAAAUGCUUAGAAAAGUGGUAGAUCAAAAAGACAAAUUGAUACUAAUGUGCAAUACUGUAGCCUCCACAGAGAACAUUUUUGGAUGCAUUUUUAUUUACAGAAAUAUUCUGUCCAUUCCAGCAAUUCUGUCCAUCACCAACCAUACCAUUUGUUUUAGUGGAGAUGCAUGAAUGGGGGCAGAUAAUGGUGCUUCAAAUUGAAAAUAUCUUAUGAUUUAAGAAGGCACCGCUUAUGUAUGUAGCCUGCAGGUUACCAGGAUGCAUCUUAGCCAUCCCAGGUUACACCCAUCAAAUUACAGUACAUUUUCUGGAAACAUGAGAAAACAGGCCUACACAUUGUUUUGACUAUACAGAUGUCAAAUACAAAAAAAAAA